AUGUUUCUCAGGCUAUCCGGUUUGUCUGAAACAGUUUAUCCACAACCAUAUUUAUUAGCUGCUGCUACUGAUCAUUCACUAUAUUCGUCUUUACAAGGCACAAUGGAUGGAAGUGCUGAUCCAUGGCGAAAUAUAAAUUGUGGUGGACAUUAUAAUCCCUAUUCGUAUGAUCAUGCAGCAUUAGCUGGUUAUCCAUAUGGACCAGGAUAUUCACCAAUGGAUUUAGCUGGUAGACGUAAAAAUGCUACAAGAGAAACAACAGCUACUCUAAAAGCUUGGUUAUAUGAACAUCGAAAAAAUCCUUAUCCAACAAAAGGUGAAAAAAUUAUGUUAGCCAUUGUAACAAAAAUGACAUUGACUCAAGUUUCAACAUGGUUUGCAAAUGCAAGAAGAAGGUUAAAAAAAGAAAAUAAAAUGACAUGGUCACCGAGAAAUAGAACGAACGAUGAUGGAGAUCAAUCCAGUGAUGAUGAUGACGAUUCGGACGCUAUAUCAUCAAGAACAGCGAUAAACGGAAAUGUACAUAGCAAAGCUCAUGAUUCUGGAGAUCUAUCUGAUAUAAGUGCAAAUACAACAUUAGACGAAAUUCAGCAUGAAAAAUCGGCAAAUUUGGUAAAUCAAGAAUUUUUAUUAUUAAAACAUCAUCAACAACAACAACAAUUAUUAUUUCAUCAUCACCAUCAUUCAACGACAAAAGACACGAGUAGAGAUGAUAAUAAUAAUACGACUGCAACUCCGAUAUCUCCAAAUAAACAACAAAAAACAGAUGAACUAAAUAAUGAAACCGGUACAACAACUAAACCUAAACUUUGGUCAUUGGCUGAUAUGGCUAAUGAUUCAAAAUCUUCAAAAACGACACUACCACCACAAACUCGUUCAUCACCAGCUACAACAGCUGCCUUUGCACAUUGGGCAGCACAAGCUGAUCAAGCAUCGAGGUAUGCACUAGCAGCCGCUGCCCAAUAUUCUCGACAACCACAUCCUCAUCAUCCAAUGUGGUAUCCAGAUUUACGUCAGACAUCGUCAACAAUAGCGCGACCAACAUUAAUUCAUAGUCAACCACCAAUAUUACCACCAAUAGUCAAAGAUGGAUCAACAAAAUUAUACAAACCAUCCUCUUCAGCUUCAUCAUCAUCUGUUUCUUCAUCUUAUUCAAACGAAUCUCCCACAUCUACAACCGACGAUAAUAAAACUGAAAAUUCACCGCAAUCUUCAUCAUCCACUAUGGCACUUUUACUACCACCAUCAACAUCUUCACAUCAACAAUUACCACAAGGACCGGGCGCAUUUAAACCAUUGAAAAAAGAAAAAACCUGA